UUCAGCCGCUUCGCUCCGGGUGCGCAUUUUGUUGGUGUAACUAGCCGGCUAGCGUUAGCCAGCUAGCUAGCUGUUAUUGUUUUUCGUGAUUUCGCGAGAACCAAAAUGGAGGAGAUGGCUGCUGCCUGUGUCCUACACAGCCACUCCCGAGUCCUUGUGUGAAGCCCUCACGCCGACGCACAGCUCGGUCCGGUUCUUCCCAGCCUGAGUAGUUUGUCUCAGAAAAAGCGCCUGUGUGUUUGUACCGCAGUGCUAAUGUAGCUUAGCUUGAAUUUGAAACCCGGCGAACGAUUUUAGGAAAACGAUGGAUCAGAUCUGUUGCAGCUACGGUUUUCCCCGGAGAACCGCUGCAGAGCUCACAUGGGAACCACAUAGCUGUGGCUGAAUUGCGUCGCCGAGGCGUUGCAGGAUGAAAAGUCUCCGUGUUCGCCAUGACUCUGAGAUCCACGCUGUUUCCAAAGACGGGAUGCAAGCAGAACAGUGACACCAUCGACUUUGACAAAACGCAUAUUGGGGCCGCCACCGUGAGCCCUGUAAGCCUGAAGAGGGAGUCCUGCGACUUUGUUCUCGAUGUUCAAGACGUGCACGGGGGCCAGAUCCCAAGCAAACCAAAGGUCUUAGACCAGAAUUACAUGACAAGCAAAGUUGCUCUCGCUGCCACAGUUGCAGAAGUAGUUCAAGGAGACAAUAAAACUGUGGGGGUAUUGUCCCCUGUCAGACCAAUGGGGGGUGAGGGAACCCCAGUGAAAGGUAAACCCCUCUCUGUUGACAACAUGGAUAACCCUCAGAUGGCUGUGAACAAUAACCCUAAGGAUGCUGGUGCUGAUGACAGUGCGAAGGGGGUUGUCCCUGGAGUCCUUGGCACCGCAUCCAUUGAACUCUCAUCUGAGGGCAAGUGGAGGAACAUCAGGAAGACCCCUGCCAAUCCCCACACACAGGCCAACUGCCUCCGACAGAUCCUCCUCCUGCAGCUGGACCUCAUUGAACAACAGCAGCAACAGUUGCAGUCCAAGGACAAGGAGAUAGAUGAGCUCAAAGCAGACAAGGAGACACUGCUUGCUCGUAUUGAACGCAUGGAGCGUCGCCUGCAACUCACAAGGAAGGAUCCGCCGCGUGACAAGCGCCUUUUCCAGCCCCUGGAGCCAUGGACCCCUGACAAAGAGGACCUGUGGGAUCUGGAUGUAGAGGAGAGUCCACAGCCCAACCAAGCCACUCCUCUCCCCUUUAGUCGGGGUGGUAAAGGUCAAAAAAGGAAAUCUUGCUUUGGGGAUACAAAAGUCCAGAAAUCGCGGGGCAAAAGUGCCAAGCUUAGCCCCCAGAAACCUGAGAUUCAGCCUGGCUCUCCCAAUCAGAGAGAGCUGCGCAGUAAGGAGACCCCAGAGAAGACAGUUCCUAUGAGGUCUGGGGCGGAAAGGGACAUUUUGCUUCCGUGCAAAGAGGACCCUGAGCUGAGCUGCCAGAUGGAAGAUCUGCCCUUCAUGUCUACCACAGAGAUGUAUCUCUGUUGCUGGAACCAACCUCCUUUGUCCCCUCUGCGUGAGACUUCCCCUAAAAAGGAGGAAGAGGUGGCCAGUGAGUGGACUCCUCAUGUAGUACAUGAUAUGCUGAUUGUUUUUCCAUCCUGGAGAGAAAAUUACAUAGAGCCGUUGGAUGAUGACUCCUCCUUCAGCUCUGUUGAGCCACUGGACGACAACGUGUUUCUGAAACGCCACUCGAAGCUCGAGUUGGAUGAGAAGAGGAGGAAAAGAUGGGACAUUCAGCGAAUCAGAGAGCAGCGCAUGUUUCAGCGUUUGCAGCAGCGCAUGAACAGGAAGAAAGUCGUCCAGGAGACAGAGCCGGAGCUUUCAUCCUUCUAUCCUGACACAGAAGAUGUUGAAACUAUAAUGAUCACUCCCUUCUUGCCUGUGGUUGCAUUUGGCCGGCCAUUGCCCAAACUUACACAACAGAACUUUGAGCUGCCCUGGCUGGACGACCGAAGCCGAUGCCGCAUCGAGGUGCCCAAAAAACACACACCUCACCGGACCUGUCGAAAGUGAAAGCCACGUGGCAUAAACAGCAGAGAGAGAGAGAUAACGCUCCACGCCCAGAGUAUAAAAUGCCACACUCGUCUUGUCUGUGGGGGGGGGGGGGACAAGUCACCAGUUGCUAUGUAUAACUGCUGUUGCUUUCUGUCUGUGGGAGAGUAAAUGACUCUCCAGUCUCAACAUGUCACCACAGAUCAGCUGAUCUCCUCCACAGUAUUGGUAAAGGAUGGGAGAUGGCUGCACCGCUGGGUGCCCUUGAUAUUUUCGGUCUCAUUUACACCUCUUAAAGAAAGACUUAAGUGCUUGAUGCUGCAAGAUUACAGUCCCCCUGUUAGCAGCUGGUGAAGACGACACAUCAGUUUCAAUCCUAAGAACUGUAUAAACGGUUAUAUGCAUGUUCUGUAACAUUUAGUCAGAGCUGUGCCAUCUAAAACUGAUUUUAUUAAAGAAAAGUGGACUUUCUGUGUGUUUUUAUUCAUAUUCAGCUGACAGGUAAAACUGGGGACUCUAAUCUUGAGCAGAUUCAUGUGGGUGGGAAAAAAAAAGGUACUGGUCGCCAUUUAGACUGAAACGUAGAGCACAGCUACGACUUUCUGCUCUGGGUCGUUGUACCACACUCAUUCUCCCUGCCUCAGUGGAAAAAAAUUGACUGUAUCGUGCUGUGUAUUGCCUAUAUUGUUGUUCACACUUCAAAUGCGAUUUUAUCAAUGUUUGGUGUGAUAUUUGGAGUUUUGAGCCACACUCAGCAUGAUUUCAUAUUUAAAAAAAAGCUGCAGCUCUUAAACCAAUCCGAUGUAAGGAAAAAAUUAAGAAAAGCAACCAAAUAAUCGUUCUGUGUUGUCCGGGGUUUGCUUCAUGAAAACAAAGGCACGGAAAUUUUGACGGAUGGUAAACUUGACGUGAAAUCCAGUUAUCUGUUCCCUGUUUUGUUUCUUAUUAGUUUUAUUAUUAUUAUUUUUUAUGUGAGUUGCAUGGGCUCUAUUUAGCUGCGUCAAAAAAAAAAAAAAGAAUAUGGUAGCAUGGCU